AUGAAAGACGUUAAAGGCGCCAGCGAAGACGAUGCCAAUUUGCUUGUUCUCAUAAUCGACACAAAUCCUUUCAUGUGGACUAAAUCAACAGAGUCUCCUUCCGGCCUGUCUCUCGAUAAUGCUUUGUGCCAACUUUUGGUCUUUAUUAACGCGCACAUGGCAUUAAAGCACGACAAUAAAUUGGCUGUAAUAGCUAGUCAUGUGGGAAUCAGUUACGAUAGCAAGUUUCUUUAUCCUGCAACCAACGCGGUUCAAGUAAACAAUAAUUCAGAUUCUGAACAAUCGAAAGAUACAAACAUGUAUCAGACAUUCCGUGCGGUAAACAAUCAGGUCACUGCGGGUGUACGAGCGUUAAUGCAAGACGCGCCGACGCUGGAGACGUAUCCUGAUAAAGGAAGUUCAAUGAUUGCGAGUGCUCUGUCGAUGGCUUUAUGCUAUGUUAACCGUGUAUUACGAACCGACAACGUUGGUCAUAUUAAACCAAGGAUAUUGAUCGUGUCUGUGUCAUCAGACUCGCCUUAUCAGUAUAUUGGAAUCAUGAAUUGUAUAUUCUCGGCUCAGAAAGCAAGCAUUCCAAUAGACGUCUGUAAGGUGUACGGUGAAGAUACUGUCUUCUUGCAACAAGCAGCACACAUCACUGAAGGAGUUUACCUCAAAUUGGCUUCGCCACAAGGUUUUUUGCAGUAUCUCAUGGAAGUAUCUAUGUCUACCGGGGCAAGAACAUGUUGA